CACCACACACACACACACACACAUUCACAAAUGUAUGUGCCCAUAAGAACAAAACCCCCAAACCCCUUCACCCACCCAGAUAUAAGCACACAGAAGCUCGUCAACAUGUACAUAAAAUCUAUCUCCUGGUAAAUAAAAAGAAGGGGUGGGAAAAAAGAGGCAGAGGGGGAGAAGGGAAAUUACUCCUUCACCACUAUCUAUCCUGGUGAUAAGUGUGAGGGAGAAGGACAGAUAAGUAAUGUGUAAUAAAGUGAGAAGUCUUAGCCUCAGCUCCUCCCCCUCUUCUUGUUCCUGGCCCAAUCAGAUGGGCGUUAUAGAUCUUUAAUGCCAGGGAUCUCCCUUGUCAUGUCUGUAAGAAUUAGGUGAUAGCAAAGACAGGAAGAUAGGGCUAAGAGAAAGAGAGGCUUUAGAUUGAGUUGGGAGGAGAACAAGAGAGAAAAGACAAGAAGAAGAGAAAAGUGUGAGGAACGCCAGGUUGAAACAGGAAUGAAGUAUCCUCCUGCUCCUCAGAGUAAAUCUCUGUUAGAUAUGGAAGUAGCCAACUAUUGUGAAGGCCUGGACCCCUCAUACAGUACACUGGGCUUUGAGAAUGCAGAGGUGCUCUGUGGAGGAGGAGGUAAGUACAGCAUGCCAACAGAGCCGAGCCUGCCCGGUCCAGAUGGGGUCAGCAGUAACUGUGCAAUCUGUGGAGACAAAGCCACAGGGAAACAUUAUGGAGCCUCCAGCUGUGACGGCUGUAAAGGCUUCUUCAGACGCUCCAUACGCAAGAGCCACGUCUACACUUGCAGGUUCAGCAGGCAGUGCAUUGUGGAUAAAGAUAAGAGGAACCAGUGUCGUUUCUGCAGACUCAACAAAUGCUUUAGAGCUGGCAUGAAAAAAGAAGCUGUACAGAAUGAGAGAGAUCGGAUCAGCUCCCGGAGAAGUAUCCCUGACUCCCAAGACCUCCCACCCAUUACUAUUCUGGCCCAAGCAGAAUCACUGUCCCAACAGGUGACAAUCAUCCAUAUCUCUCCUCCAGUUGUUAUAGCAGACAUAACAGAGCAGAAGUCAGCCACUGUUGGGGAUGUAUGCGACUCGAUGAGACAGCAGUUACUGGUGUUGGUGGAAUGGGCCAAAUAUAUUCCUACCUUUGGAGAACUGCCACUGGAUGACCAGGUGAGCUUGCUCAGGGCUCACGCAGGUGAACACCUCUUGCUCGGGGUUGCCAAAAGGUCAAUGCCAUUCAAGGACUUCCUGCUUUUAGGUAAUGGUUGUGUGAUACACAGAAACAGUCCUGAACCAGAGAUAUGCAGGGUAGCCAACCGAGUGUUGGAUGAGCUGGUCCAGCCCUUUCAGGAUAUUCAAAUAGACGACAAUGAGUUUGCAGCGCUCAAGGCUAUUGUCUUCUUUGACCCAGAUGCAAAGUCUUUGCGGGACCCUUCGAAAAUCAAGGCCAUGCGUCUACAGGUUCAGAUGAGUCUAGAAGACUACAUUAAUGACCGUCAGUAUGACUCUAGGGGUCGUUUUGGAGAGCUGCUGCUCCUGUUACCCACCCUGCAGAGCAUCACCUGGCAGAUGAUCGAACAGCUCCAGUUCAUUAAGCUCUGCGGCCUGGCCAAGAUAGACAACCUGCUGCAUGAGAUGCUGCUGGGAGGCCUAACAUCAGAGCCCACACACCUGCACCACCCAGCACACACCCAGCUGGCCCAGGACCCUAUGACUGGACACACACUGGUCAUCGGCACCAUGCCUAUUGUUCACACUUCACAGAUAGCCUCUCCAGACACUCCCAUCCCAUCGCCCCCGCAGGGUCCUGCGCCAGAGAUGUAUAAACACUUUCCUCAGCCUCUUUGUCCUCCAGCCAGCCCCUCGCCUUCCUCGCAGACAGACCCCUGACUUCUCCCUGCACUCUGUCAAAGAAGCUGACAAUGGGAUCAGCUUCCCUGCCCUCUAUUCAUCAUCCCAGUUAUGGUAUAAAACUUAAGGCAAUAUCUGUUCAGUGUCUGUGGUUAGACUUUACCCUACAUCUCCUCCUGUGAGUCCUGGUGGUGAUGCAACAAUAACUCAGAUAUAAUUAAAGCUGCCAUAUGUGGCACUUUCAAACUUGAAUAUGUCAGUUGCAAAUUUUCUAACAUUUUUGUGCUCCCCUGUGCUCCCUUUUUAAAUCCAGUAUUCACUCACUCAGUUUUAAAACACCAUCAUCUCAGUAAGACAGAGUGCAUGCAACUGAACAUGAUGGCGAUUAAAAGAUAACAAAAACAAUACAAUAAAAACGUGUGUACCAUCUCAAACCUUUGAUUUGUUUGAAUCAUAGUUUAUCUUUUUAACAAUGUCUCCAUUGAUUGGACACAGAUGAGCAGAAAAUGCCCUCAGUCUUUUUGUGCAGUGCAGUUUAUCAUCUGUGCAUAUCUGAUCAUGUGUAAAUGUACAAAAUACAAUCUAAUCAUAAUUUGCAGAUUUUGAUUUUUUUUUUUUUACCUAAAAACUCAUUAUGGAUUGUACAGAGGAAGUAACUGUAUUUUUACACAUAUUUGUAGAAAUUAAUAAGAGUAAAUGGUUUGUAUUUACUACUGAGCCAUGGAUACAUAUAACUUAAAAAAUGGCACAUACAUAUUCUUAAUAUACAUAUGUUCAGCAGCUAAAACAUCAAUUAAGGUGUAUAGUGGUUUGUGGCCAAGGUGAACAUGAUAAUAAUAGAGUUAGCAUUUAUAAAUAUACUUAAAAAGACCUCAUGUUAAAUAUAAAAAGGAAUGUGGAUAAUUUAUAAUAUUUUAAUAAAUUCCUGUAUAUAGUAAAAUGAUGAUUGCAAAUGAUAUGAUGGCUAAUCAGAACCAACUGUCUUGCUUUAUUCAACCUCUUGAAUCAUCUGUAUACUUUUUAAAUGUUUGGUUUGUGUUGAUAAUGUGUACAUUUCUUAAUUUAUAAAUUGAUUAAAUUGUGAUUUUGACUAACUGACUAUUGUAUUUAAAA